AUGGCGAGCUCAAGUGCUGCAACUUCCCGAGCUGUCGAGGUACUCGCGGGGAAAUUAAAACGGAGACAAGUCGUCGGAUCGCGUGAGGCUGCUUUGGAAACUCUCCUUGUCCUCAGACAAGUCGUAUCAAGAGCUCGCUUUUCCAAUAUUGAACAGCUAGUGGGACUCAUACGAGAUGUUGGAAAGAAAUUAGCAGAGGCGCAGCCGAAAGAACAUACCAUUGGAAAUAUUGUUAGGAAGGUCCUGCACAAUAUUCGAGAGGAAUACAACACCGCGACAAGAGGCGCCGCGUCUGCGCCGUCAAGAAAUGUCUAUUCGAUAUCGAUGUUUGUCUUACAGGGUCAACCACGGAAACACGAGAUUGCCCCCAAGUCUGAGGCAACAAUUUCGCUUAAAGAAAACGAUACUGAAGAUCCGGACUCGUUUGCAAAGGGGAUCAAACCAGUAUUGAUGGAGGCAAUCCAGGACGUCCUCGACGAAAUAGAAACUGUCUACGAUAACGUUUCAAAAACCGCAAAGGAUCACAUCCACUCAGAUGAGAUUAUUUUGACGAUCGGGCACUCGAAAACAGUGGAAGCAUUUUUGAAAUCCGCAGCACACUCUCGGAAUUAUUCUGUGAUCGUGGCUGAGACAGGUCCCUCGUAUAGCGGACAAGAUAUGGCCACUUCAUUAUCUUCUGCCGGCAUAUCAACCUUCCUCGUCCCUGACUCCUCAAUAUAUGCUAUCAUGUCGCGCGUCAACAAAGUCAUAAUCGGUGCACACGCCGUUCUCGCUAACGGCGGUAUGUUCGCCAUCACCGGAUCCCUCCUCGCAGCAACAGCAGCCCGCGCGCACAGCACCCCUGUUGUUGUAUGCGCGGGCCAAUUUAAACUCACACCGCUGUGGAACCUUUAUCAUGAAUAUGGCGCACUUGACUUUGGCGAUCCAAGCAGCGUCUUGGGCUUCGAAGAGGGCAGUCUCGUGAAUAAGGUCGAUGUCAUCAAUCCGUAUUAUGACUACGUCGGCCCAGAGCUCGUUGACGUCUAUAUAACCAACGACGGGGACCAUCCGCCGACGUCUGUCUAUAGGCAAGUUGAUAUUCUCAUAUACUGGACUUUCUUCUGA